CUGGUUGUCUGUCAAUUAGUGGAUUCUCCUGUCAGUCAGCCUCGGAACUCCUCAGAGGGACGAACGCCCGCGGUGGCCGCAGAGCCGCAGGAUUCUGCAUCAUGAGUACAGGCGAGGCCUUCAAGACCAGACCAUAGGAUCCUGGACUUCUCCAGGGAAAUGUCCUGCACCAUGAACACCAACAAGCUGGAAGAGAAUAGUCCUGAAGGAGAUGCAGGGAAACUCGAGUGGAAACCCAAGGUCAAAGAUGAGUUCAAAGACAUUUCCAUAUACUUCUCCAAAGAAGAAUGGGCAGAGAUGGGAGAGUGGGAGAAAAUUCGCUAUAGAAAUGUGAAAAGGAACUAUAAAAUGCUGAUUUCUAUAGGUCUCAGAGCCCCUAGACCAGCUUUCAUGUGUUACCAAAGGCAAGCAAUCAAGCCCCGGAUAAGUGAUAGUGAGGAUUCUGAUGAAGAAUGGACACCUAAGCAGCAAGUAAGUCCUCCUUGGGUGCCUUUCUGGGUGAAGCACAGUAAACAACAGAAGGUAAGUGCCUUCCAAAUCCUACAGACAAGGAAACCUUCCUCAUGGAUCCAAACACAGGAAUCACCUAGAAUGCCAUUAAGUGGUGAAUCUAAUGUGAACAAAGGGUCUGGAAUAGAAAAUUUGCUGAAUACAAGUGGCUCAGAACAUGCCCAGAAACCAGUGUCCUCCCCUGAAGAAGGAAAUACCUCCGGACAGCACUCUGGAAAAAAAUUGAAACUCAGGAAAAAGAACAUUGAAGUGAAAAUGUACAGGCUUCGAGAGAGGAAGGGCCUUGCAUAUGAAGAGGUCAACGAGCCCCAGGAUGAUGACUACCUCUAUUGUGAGAAGUGCCAGAAUUUCUUCAUCGACAAUUGUCCCAACCAUGGGCCUCCUUUAUUUGUAAAAGACAGUGUGGUGGACAGGGGGCAUCCCAACCACUCAGUCCUCAGUCUGCCCCCUGGGCUGAGAAUUGGUCCAUCGGGCAUCCCUGAAGCUGGACUUGGAGUAUGGAAUGAAGCAUCUGAUCUACCAGUUGGUCUGCACUUUGGCCCCUAUGAGGGCCAGAUCACAGAGGAUGAAGAGGCAGCCAACAGUGGAUACUCCUGGCUGAUUACCAAGGGAAGAAACUGCUAUGAGUAUGUGGAUGGACAGGAUGAGUCCCAAGCCAACUGGAUGAGGUAUGUGAACUGUGCCCGGGAUGAUGAAGAGCAGAACCUGGUAGCCUUUCAAUAUCACAGGAAAAUCUUCUAUCGAACCUGCCGGGUAAUCAGACCAGGUUGUGAGCUUCUGGUCUGGUAUGGGGAUGAGUACGGCCAGGAGCUGGGCAUUAAGUGGGGAAGCAAGAUGAAGAAAGGAUUCGCAGCAGGAAGAGGUGGGCACUACUAUGACUCCUUUAAAAAGAAAGAGAAGAUGGAAUUCUCCUUGAGAAUUUUCAUUUUCUAACUCCUUUUAAAAAAUUAUUUAUGGUAAAUAAAAAUGUUUAAAUUAGGGAAAAAUGAAAAUUACAAUUUCUAUAGGAGGUACAAUGGCAAGUGCUAAAAGCUUACCAUAAACCAACUGCAUAAAAAUCAGCAUCGAGAACAUUCAAAAAUCAUAAUACUAAUAGGGAAAAGGAAGAAAAAUGAGAGCGGGGGUAAAGCAAGAAAAUGAAACCUGAAUAAGAACCCUCAAAGGCAUUUUUAGAGAUAGGAUUUCACACCAAGGUACAGACACCAUACUGGCCAGGAAUGAGACCCGGAUGCAACAGAAAGCUACUCAGAAGUGGGAUAAAUGAAAAACAAAUAAAAACCCUAGAUUGCUUAACCAGAUAGUACUGCCCUGCCCCAUCCCACUCCAGAUUCAGAAUGAAGUGUGAGUCAAACACAGGGAAGAGCUGUUGUGGUGGCUGUUAGUGGUUGUCAGCUUGACUGUAUCUGGAAUAAACUACAAUC